AUGGAGUUUCAGAAAAUAUUUCCAGACAGAACAGUUACAUUUUCAUUUCAAGACAUUUUGACCCUCAAAAUGACGCAAAACAUUAUCUGGAAGACACCGAAAGCAUCAUCCGACAAGCAAAUGUUCAGUGCACAGAAAUGAUUACCACCUCAGAUGGCUUCUCUUUUCUACAACUGCAACAACAAACAUAUACAGUAGAAACUGCGCUUCAAAAGGACGUGUAGUAAAAGGGUGCAACGCAUUUCACGACACAAUCCUAAACUCAGAACGCACCCCUCGAACAAAUUUUAAAAUUUACAAAGGGAGGAGCUGCAAAAGGUUGAACUCACGUACUGCAUCGCUCUUGAGAGAAGUGUGUUGAGUUCAAUAACAGUAAACCAUUAAGUACCUCCUUCUCUUGCGUGCUGAGUGGGCCGGAUCUCUUAACAGCGUUUUCUUAGUGGGAACGUGUUUGCCUCUGUCCAUGUGUGUUACUGCUGGUAUUCAUCUUUAGGGAAAAAAAAUAUCCAUGGAGGUCUGUAGAGUCUGCAGUGAAGUGCCUCCUAAAUACCGGUGCCCGGCUUGCAAAAUCCGAUACUGCUCACUCGGCUGCUACAAAAAACAUAAAGAUGGCUGUGUACCUGUGAAAGUGACGGGGACAGAUCCAGGUGUAUCGCUUUCACACUGUGGCCUUAAUGGAACACCGGAUGGGGAGGGAUGCUGGUCUGUUGAAGACCUUUUGGAUGAGGAUGACGAGUCAGACAGAGUUUCCUUCCAGAAACUGAAACUGUUGGGUGAAUCUCAAGAUCUCAGAUCCCUGCUGCGUAACCCUCACCUCCAGCAGCUGCUGUUAACUGUAGACCAAGCCGAGAGCAAAGAAGGCACAAUGAAAAGGGUAAUGCAGGAGCCUCUGUUUGUGGAAUUUGCAGAUCGGUGCCUGAAAAUUGUAGAGCCGACGGAAAAGGAGAACAUCAGCCCUGUGGAAUAGCUCACAAAAAAGGAAGCUUGUUCUGGAGUAUGUGCAGCUGAUAAAAAGCCUGCAAGGACUGAGUCCCUGUUCAUUCUUACCUGAAGACUGUUGUGUUUUACACAGAUCAAUGUACUGUAAAGCAUUUGUGGCAAGUGCCUGGGUUUUGUAUAUAAAAAUAUUUUAUUUUUGCUGGAAAUCAGUAACCUUCUUAAUUAGAAAUGGGAGGUAUGUUUUACAUGAUGUUCAUAGGUUUGAAGUAUGUAACUGUUUAGUAUUAUUAUUUUAGGGCCUUUUUAUUCCAGUUGUGCUGUUUAUUUAGUAAUCCUAGCCACCAUUAAGUCUGUUGAAAAAAGGAUUGGUUCCUAACACGAAAAUAAAGUUCAGACUUCUUAACAAUGAACAAGUAGCAUAUGGAAGUCUUUGAGGUAGCCAAAUAUAACUCUCUAUGUAAAUAACAUUACAUAUUGAAAACAGUUUUG